AUGGGCCAUUGCUGCUGUGGGCUCACUUUCCUCCCUCUGCGCUGUCUGGACCAAACGAGUGAGAGUGCCAUUGUGAAAGAGAGGGAACUGUCCCUGGAGCUUGCCAAAAUCAGGGAUGAAGUGGCUUUCAGUGUUGCACACUGGGAGCAACUGCAGCAGGAGAAGGAGGAACUGGAGCGGCGUUUUGAGGCUGAGCUGCAGGGGUUGCGGGCUCAGCAGCAGAGGGAGCUGGGAGCGCUGGAGGAGCGGCUGAAGACGCAGCACACGGCCGAGACCGAGAGUCUGCAGGCACAGCAGCAAGCCGAGCUGGAGGAGCUACGGGUGAACCAGCAGGAGCAGAUCGAGGAGAUGAGUGAGAACCACGAGACGUCCCUGAUGGAGAUGGAGACGGCUCACAAUGACACGCUGGCCACUCUGCAGGAGGAGCACGCCAGGACCGUGAAGAAUUUGAAGAUGGCCCAUGAACAGCAGAGGAAGUCCCUGGAAGAAGAGUUUCAAAAGAUCAGACUGUCACUGCAGGAUCAGGUGGACACGCUGACGUUUCAGAAUCGCAGCCUCAGAGACCGAGCCAAGCGAUUCGAGGAGGCUCUUCGCAGGAGCACAGAUGAGCAGAUAGUGGAUGCUUUGGCUCCGUAUAAACACAUUGAGGAAGACCUGAAGAGUCUGAAAGAAGUUCUGGAGAUGAAGAAUCAACAAAUUCAUCAGCAGGAGCUGAAGAUUUCAGAGUUGGAGAAAAUAGCUGAAAAGAAUGUGUACCUGGAGGAGAGACUACAAGUGUUACAGCAGCAGAACGAAGACCUGAGGGAACGAAUAGACAAGAACCUUGCUGUGUCCAGACAACUCUCUGAGGAGAACGCCAACCUGCAGGUGCACGUGGAGAAGGAGAGCAACGAGAAGAAGCGGCUGAGUCGCACAAAUGAGGAACUGCUGUGGCGUCUUCAGACUGGCGAGCUGAGCCCUCGCAUGUCCCCUAGCUCCUCCCCCAUCCAUAGCUCCUCCCCCAUCAAUCGGCCAUCCUCCGGACAAGGCUCCCCCGCCCGUCCACACUCCUACCAUCAAUGACACUCUCAAUGGAAGCUCUUGUGUCGAACGCUUUCUUUUAUCUGGCAUCGGAAGCCCUGAUUUUUUGGAGACUCUGUUGAAUGUUCCUCUCAGAUAGAUUUUACACAACGUAGAUGGACAAACACAAAUAAGUUUGUUUCUUGGGAAAUGCCAACCCGCCCAUGUGAUGCAUUUCCAAAGUCAAACGCCAGGAAUUUUAAUCUCUGACCUAAAGAAUUGUAUUAAUGAUCACGCUUCUUAUUACUCGUAAGGGAAUUCUCUGCCCUCCUCUUUUUCUAUUCCACCCGAACGCCCCACAAAGCUGCGACACUGCAGCAGAUGAAAGACCUGGUCAUUGUAGACGUCAGAGAGCAGUGCCUCAUUUCCAUGUUUUCACCUCCAUCUACAUCUCCACCCUCUCAUCCAGCGCUCAGGAUGACGGAUGAACGAGAAAUGCAAACAUCAAAAGUACAACAAUGAACACAAGAAGCGCCUUUGCUGUCCAGUCUCUCCCACCAGCAACGGCACGGGCAAUACUUCUGAGUAAAAAUCACAAAACUACCUUUAGUAAGUUACUCUCAAAGUGUGGAUUCUUCUCUGGGGCAAGUCAACAUUUUCAUGCUGAAAUAUUUCAUGUAUCAGGAGUGUAUGAAUGACGACCUAGCCAUCUAACCUCAAUCAUCCACCCUACUUUUUUCCUUAAACAGCUAGAUAUCAGCGCGGACCUGAAAUGUAUGAUUAAGACAACAUAACAACUCAUAAGUCUAUUGAACUGCCACCACGGUUUAGCUAUGUUAUUUAUCAUAAUUUGUAAAAACUGUACAUGUAUUGAUCUCUUUAAAGCAUGUUCCGUCUUCCAGUUAUAAUGAACUUUAUUUUAGGAUUACCUACAGUGUGACGAAAUGGAGUGGAGGGGUGAAGGUUACUUCUCGUUUCCAGUGACACAGAGCAGGAUUUAUUCAAAUGAAACCAAGAGAAAAAAGAUAAUAGUAUUAUACAUUUCAGACUAAUUUUACAUUUUUCUGGUGAGUUGAUUCUCCCUCACCUGUAGUCGUCUUAAGAAAGUAUAAGUAUUUCCGAAUGCCUCUCAGUUGAGUGCAUACCUCCGCCAAAGUAAAGUAUUGACGAGAAUGUCAAAAAAUGCCCUAUUUCACAGUGUUGAGGAAAGUGAUGAAAAUAAUUCUGGAUCUUGCCCCUUUCACCAGAUCCACUCCAAAAAUUUACUGUAUUUUUCCCUGUCUCAUGCCCCAUCCCUCUAACAAGCUUGGUGUAAAUCAGUUCAGCACUUUCUUUGCGUAAUCCUGCAAACUAACAAACAAACUAACAAACAAACAAACAUGGGUGAAAACAAAAGUGCAGGAUCUGUAGAAACCACCAAAGAUGAAAUCAAUAAACACAGCAGCUCAUCAUGUAUUAUAGCAUCACGUACUGUGUCAUAUGUCUGGAGGUACAGUAACUGCUGCAGAAUCAGCCUUAAAUGGUGCAGACAUAGUAGUUUCCGUCACAAAGUAUCGACUUGAACACAUGUAAAUCUGUUCAUUGUGUUGCAUUUGUACAGUUUUAUUUUUCUUUGGUUAAGUGUACCUUAUCGUUGCUCUUGCAGCCAACUGGAACUGUUUCUGUCACACUAAAUGUUCUGUGUGUUUUGAGAUUCAACACAGAAAAACCUUGAGAACAAAUCAAAAAGAAAAAAACUGUCAUGGCUUCCAGACUUUCAUCCUCCAUGAGUAUCUCCAAUUGACCUUUGGCAAACUCAUAUUGAGAAAAAAAUUGGAUAAAGCUGCAAGCUGUUACCUCAUGUCUCAUUGCAGAGAAUAAUCUCAGGUGUUGAGAAUUAUGAAUCAUCAAAGGGAAGCAACUGCCAUAACUUUUUUUUUUUUUUGUAUUACAGUAAUUGUACUCUUUUUUUAAACUUAUGCUCAUGUUUACAUAAUAGCUCGACUGUCUGUUUGUCCUUUGUAUAAAAUUAUUUGGAUGUACAGAAUAUGUAUACAUAUUUCAAAGAGCAUAGUGCGGUCCGCAAAUAUAUAAAAAUAGUUUGAAGAAAUAUUGCUUUAUUAUAAUAAUAUGAUUUAAUAAUCAGCUCCCCGGAUUUAAAACGUGGAAAUCUGCUCAAACAGGAAUUUGGUUGUAGGUGAGUUGUUUACUGUUCGGACAAGUUGAUUAUGUUUAACUUGGUCGCUGGUGGGUUUAACUGUGUUCUAAAAAGGAAGUGGUAAAGUGGAUAUUUCUUGCCAUCAGGUACUUUGAUUGCACUGAUUGCCUCUGUGUCCUAUGGACAUGACCUAGUACUCAUUUAGUGAGUGUUUGUUCGACGCUAGAAUAAGAGGUUUUGUUUACAGCUCACACCCAGUGUCAGAGAGGGUUGGCGUGUCACAUGGAUGUCGGUACUUCUGUUGAUUGUUUACUGGACUUCUGUUGUAACGAUUGUAUUUCAGUAUUUCAGAAACCCAUGCUCUGGAUAAGUUUAUAUGAAAGCAUGUCUUUAUAAGGUUGUUGUGCAUUAUUUUUUGUUUGACAUUUCUUGUGCAUUUCAUAUAUUUAUUUAUUUAUUUGUCCUCCCCCAGAACUGCAACUGUAGCUUAGCUGGUUAAAUUAUUGUGGUCAGUGAUGAGACACUAACAUCUAUAC